UAUGAAUCAUUAGAUCCAUUCAUUUUUAUGUAACACAUGUUUGGACAAGGCGUGUAUGUACACUUAAGUUUAGGUAGUAACUAGUUAACAAUUAAAAUAACAAAAUUAAAAAGUUAAUUUUUAAUUCAACUUAAGCUCAUUUCUACCAACAUAGAUUAACUUUAAUCUUGAUUUAACUUACUUGUUGUCUCAUUUUAGUUCCAAAAAUUAGAAAAAGAGAAACAAUAAGUUAGCUUUAAUUUAAUUCAAUAAUUAAAGAAAAUAUGAAUUUACUCGACUCCCUAUGAAAUAGCAAAUUUGCAAAACAUAUUUCAACUAAGUUAGUUUUUUAUGCAUUUUUUAACGUAACUAAAUUAAUUUUAUAAGUUAACUCCUAUUUAAUUUAAUUUAAAAAAAUAUUACCCAAUCAUGUGUAUACUAUAAUAGCAUUUGUAAUUAGGAUUUCCGAAAUUCACUGCCAGUAUUAAAAAUUUUAUAGUAACAUAAAUUAUAAAUUUUUUAAAUACUGGUAGUGAAUUUCAGAACAUAGCCUAGGUUUAUUCUUAAGUCCUAUUGAUUUACAUAGCAACCAUGCAACGAGAGAGCAUAGUAACACAUAACUAGCCAUGCUUGAGAAAAGAAAUUAUAAUAACAAGCAAAAAUACAAUUAAAUUUCAUGCUCAUUAAAGCUAUAAAACGAAAAUUAUAUAAAAAUGUCUCAACAUUGGCAUGGUUGUUGGAUAGAAGAUACAUUUGCCCCAAAAAGAUUGCGAAAUUGGGAAGUUCCUAAAUGGUAUCCUAAUUGGCCGGACAGGCAUUGUGUCACUACGAAAUUUAUUGCAGAUGAUAAUGGGCACGUAUUAGAUAGCGCCAAAAAGAUCGGACAUUCGUCGUGGGGAACAUUUAAAGGCACAUGGGAUUUACCAAAGAAAAUUACCAGAACCAUUGCCAAAGAACUAUCAACACCGCCUCAAUAUAAGAAAGAUUUAUGGGAAUUGCACAAGAAGAAACAUCAGAAAUUAUGUGAAAUGAUAAAAUAUGCCAACAAGGAUGGAAAAAAGGAAGAAAACAUCAAAUCAUAAAAAGAUAACGUUUUCUAAAAAUUAGAAAGAUAUAAAAGUAAGUUAAACUAACAAGGAACCCUACAAAGAUAUAACUUACUGAUCUCAGGAGGACCUUAUGCACUUAUAGAGAUAUGAAAAAAUAAUGUAUAUAUUUUUCUAUACAUAUUGGAUCACUUCCAAGUUAAUUUUCAUUAUCUUUAGAAGUAUAAAAAAAAUUUUAGUGUCUCUGAUAUAUACUUUGAUAUUUCUAAAAAGUAUUUGUAUAAUUUUUCAUAAAAAAAGAAUUACACAUAAUAUAAGAAUGUUGUAAUUACUUAGACAAUUUUUAGGUUUAAAAAAAAUGCACAAAACAAAAUAUGUAAAGUGUUAAUUUACACUGGUGGAUAUAAAAAUUAUAAAAAAAUAAAGAGCAAAUUAAACAGAGAUCAAAGUCAAAUCUAUCAGUGAAGAUGGACGGUAAGAAUU